UUAUGUCAAUAUGUCAAUUGUUAAACCCAUGUUAAUAGUUUUAAUUUUUUUUAAUCAAAUUCUUUUUUUAAGUAAUGUACAGUAAAAGUGAACUUAAUCUCAUUAACAAUCAAUUUGAAUACAUUAAAAAAUAUUGCAUAUACAUUGGAAACAUUCCCGCCGAAGUAUCGAAAACAGAUUUAAUUGCAAAAUUUUCCGUAUUUGGUGAAAUAUCUAACUUAUACAUGAAGUCAUUCAUUCAGUUUUGUGAUGUGAAACCGGCAGUUGUUCGUUACAGACUGAUGAAAAGUGUAAAGGAAUCUUCAAGUUUACACAAUAGUCGAUAUAUUCAAUCGGUUUUAAUAGUUCUGCCACUAGAUUCUUCCUACAAUAAUUACUUUCUUCCUUACAACACUUGUGUUGUGGUAUACACUUAUAACAAAUUUGGCAUGGUAGAUUUUUAUCAAAAAUUCAGUAAAUUAGGAGAUAUACAUGCGAUGAAGAAAGCUACAAAUGUCAUGGUUUACAUUAGCUUUGUAUCAGAAAGAGCUGCAAGGACCAUUCUGGAUACUAAGCCUACAGAUAUACAUAUAAAUGUACAAACAAUUAAUCAUGUUACACGAAAUAUUAACGUAUGCUUAAUAGAUUUUGAAAAGGAAUGUACAUCAAAUACGGCGAUAAAAUUAACACUUUUAUAUAAUCGCUCAAUUGGAAUAUUCGGACUACCAUCUAAUUUCACAGAAGCAAAACUGCACGAUGAAUUUUCAAGGUAUGGCAGAAUUGAAAAAAAUAGACUAGUGUACGACUCAACCGGACACUCUAAACAAUACGGUUUUGUUUAUUAUGAAAAGCACUUGUCUGCUCAAGCGGCCAAACAGGAAAUGGACCGCAGUGAUCAUACAGGACGUAAAAUUGCAGUUCGGUUUGUUCCAGAAAAAGAGUAGGGCAGAUAUUAAAUCUAGUGACAGAACAAAGCAACUAGCACCGUACUAAAAAUGGCGUAGGGUUCUCGAAUAUUUCGAGAGCUACUUACCAUUUGUGUCAUACACAAUUAAAAUGACUGACAAGUCUAUCUACUUACUCGCAAUCUAUUUUAUCGCAGGUUUAUCAAUAAGAAUUUUAGUGCCUGCACAACGUUGGGUUUGAUCUGAUGUAAUAAUCAUAAUCAAAAUUUUCCAACCAAAUUAAAGCUAGCUAUAUGUAAAGUAGCCUUGCGUGAAACAAGUAACUUUUGCGUGAUUUCAUAAGCCCAAGGCUCAAUUUAGCAAUCAAUGAUUAGUACUACUAUUAAUAUAACCAUGUUAGGAUCGGUUUUAAAUAACUAAAUUUGUUGCUUCUGGUGAAAAACCAUGUUUGAACUUUAUGUUAUAUUUUGCUGUCGGGCUUAGUUACCGUGCUACAAUGGAUGGUGAACCUUCAUCAUCACCAUCAUCAUCAUAACAGACUGAAAGCAUGAAAAUUCUGCUCUUAGGAUUCACACCAUCGAAAUCAUCAAUAAUUAGAUAUCUUUUCAUCUUAUCAGAUAGAAAGAUGUUGGAAUAUGCUGAAUGACAUU